AAGAGUUCCAGAAAAGUUCUCUCUGUCGAUAUAGCAUUAGCUAUCAAAACAAUAAAAAUGAAUAAAACGGCUGAUUUGUAAACUCCGGGUACCUAACGCACUGGGCAUUACCAGCAUUAUUUUAGUGAUUUUUUUGCACUUGUGAGAAAAUGGAAACAAUUUUACGCUCUUACAAAGCAAUCUGACAAUCAAGCAUCUUUCCACUAACAGAAAACUUGGCAAUGCAUAGAAGUAAGAACAAGCAUUCACUAGCAUCACCUUUGAAUUGGCCUUGGUGUUCGUUCUACUACAAACGCAUCAGCUUUUAUAAAGUUGCCAUUUUACAAAACGAUGAUUUGACAAUUUUACUACAAACAGCUGAUGAAAAAAAAUUCUGUGUAUCUGUCAAAAUAUGCAACCCUGGUCGACACGUUAGUUGUGUCACGCUUUAGUCAUGCUUGGCUGAACGAACAUACCCGCCUGUUUUAAAAGAAUGCCUGAAAAUAUUUAUAUAAGUGUGCUUACGACAAUCUAUCAAACUAGUUGAAGGCAAAAUUGUAAAAAUUUUUCAUCAUCGUUAUUUCAUUUCAUCGCGUGAUCUUAUGUAUUUCGACCAGCUGAUAAGUAAGGUUAAUCGUGUGUAAACUCGUUUUAAUUUCAAGUGAACUUCUUCGAUAGGAAAUGCAACGCUGUGCUUAAUAUAGUUGUCUCACUCUUUCAUAUGGGAUACAUCAACGCAUGUAACGAAAUAUUUUCUAUCUCUUUUACUCUCGUUAAUUAUGCACACACAUACAUAUGUUUAAACGUUUCACAACCAUAAGAAGGGCUGCCUGAAAAGGUUAGGUUCAAUUAAAUAGAAUUGAAAAGAAAAUUUCACGCGUAAAUAAUGAAAAUACACAAAGCCUGUAAUACAAAAACAACAAUAGUCGCGUAAAUGCGAAAAAGGAUAUAAAAGGUUCAACAAAUAAAAGUAAAAUUAGUACGCAAUAAAUACUCGUCGUGUAUAGAAGCAAACAAGAAAAAAAGGAAAAAAAAGAAAACAAGUUAUCGAGAUGUCUGAAGAUCUACAGAAUUAUAAACUGCAGUUGCAGCAAGUUGAAGCGGGCUUACAAACAGAUCCUGACAAUGCAGAAUUAUUAAAACUAAAGGAAGAUCUUGUAGAAGUUAUUGAAUUAACAAAAGACCUCAUCAGAACACAACUUGAAGAACAGAAAAAGUCUGCAUACAUAGAGCCGUCAACCGGUGCUUCUAUAUCUGAAUAUUAUGAUGAAGUAGAAGCGGCACUUUUGGAAGCAGAGAAAUUGGUAACAACAACACAAAAAUGGAAAGUCGGUGACAAAUGUCAGGCCAAAUGGCUAGAGGAUGGUAAAUACUAUGAUGCAACUAUUGAAGGCAUAGGCGCAGAUGGUGAAGUCAAUGUAGUGUUUGAUACCUACCAAAAUCGUGCCACAACAACAGUAACUGAAUUACGUGCAUGCACAACACGGAAUGAAGUAUUCCCAUCAACGUCAAAGCGUCACCAUCCAAAUCAAAAGGAAUAUUUGAAGAAACGAAAACAAAAGAAAUUACAAAGAGUUAAGGAAUUGGAAGAAGAACGUGAACAUGAUAAAAAGAAAUGGCUUAAUUUCACUAGUAAGAAUAUAAAGAAGCCUGGCAUGAAGGUGAAAAGCAUAUUUUCCACUCCAGAUACAGUUUCCGGACGUGUCGGUAUUGGCACUUGUGGUGUAUCGGGGAAAGGUAUGACGGAAUUCACAGUUGGUGAGAAGUAUCGCUCUGCUCGUAAAUAACAAGAUUUAUGAAGAUAUAUUUACGGUUCACAAAUACUUAUGAAAUAUGGAUUAUGGCGAUAUUUGGAGCGCUUAAUUAUGUUGAAAAAUACUGCAGUUUAGUGUACAUAAUUUUAUAUGUACAAAUAUACGAAAACGAAACUGCACAAGGAAGGCAUGCCUGCCUACAAGCAUGGAAAAUACACAAAAAAAAACUGUUUAUAAAUAAUUAAAAUAAGAUUUACACUAAAAAAAUGUAAGCAUUACGUAUAUAUAUAUUUAAAUUAGGUUAUAAGUAUGAACCUAAGAAAAAAACUAGGUAAUAUUAAAUAAAACUAAUAAAUAAAAAAAAGAUUCCAUUUCA